GAGAAGGCGAGCGAAGGGCUGGUCCCUCGUCUUGUGUGGCGGCCGCGCUGUUUGAAGGGAUGGGACAGAGCCGGGCCUAGCGGGGCAGCUGCCGCUAUGAGCGGAGCAGCAGCUGGGGGUGAGGGAAGGAGCGGCAAGUGCCUGGCAGGCCGUUGGUCUGGCUGGAAACUGCUGGCUUUAGGCCUCCUCUCCGCUUCUUCGGUGUUGGCAGCAGCGCCGGCUGUGCAGGCUAUGGGCCGGGAGGAGAAGCGUCAUCUUGGAAAUCAAGUACUGGAAAUGUUUGAUCAUGCCUAUAGUAAUUAUAUGGAACAUGCUUACCCAGCUGAUGAGCUCAUGCCUUUAACUUGCCGUGGAAGAAUUCGGGGUCAAGAACCAAGUCGUGGAGAUGUGGAUGAUGCUUUGGGAAAGUUUUCACUGACACUGAUAGAUACUUUGGACACUCUUGUGGUGUUAAAUAAAACUAAAGAGUUUGAAGAUGCUGUUAAAAAAGUAAUUAGAGAUGUUAAUUUAGACAACGACAUUGUGGUAUCAGUGUUUGAAACAAACAUAAGAGUGCUUGGAGGUCUUUUAGGUGGGCACUCAGUAGCAAUCAUGCUGAAGGAGAAAGGCGAAGUCAUGCAGUGGUACAAUGGAGAACUUCUGCACAUGGCAAAACAGUUAGGCUACAAACUUUUGCCAGCUUUUAACACCACAAGUGGUCUCCCAUAUCCAAGAAUUAAUUUAAAAUUUGGUCUAAGAAGUCCAGAAGCCCGGACAGGAACAGAGACUGAAACUUGUACAGCUUGUGCGGGAACGUUGAUCUUAGAGUUUGCUGCUCUAAGUCGUUUCACAGGGGCAUCAAUAUUUGAGGAAUAUGCCCGGAAGGCACUUGAUUUCCUUUGGGAGAAAAGGCAACGUAGCAGCAAUUUAGUGGGAGUUACUAUUAACAUUCAUACAGGGGACUGGGUCCGUAAAGAUAGCGGAGUUGGAGCAGGAAUAGAUUCAUAUUAUGAGUAUUUAUUAAAGGCCUAUGUCUUGCUUGGAGAUGACAGUUUUUUAGAAAGAUUUAACACCCAUUAUGAUGCCAUAAUGAGAUACAUCAGCCAGCCACCUCUCUUGCUUGAUGUGCAUAUACACAAGCCAAUGCUCAAUGCUCGCACGUGGAUGGACUCGCUACUAGCAUUUUUCCCUGGAUUGCAAGUACUGAAAGGUGAUAUUCGACCUGCUAUAGAAACUCAUGAAAUGCUUUAUCAGGUGAUAAAAAAGCAUAAUUUCCUUCCUGAGGCAUUCACAACAGACUUCCGGGUUCAUUGGGCUCAGCAUCCUUUACGGCCAGAAUUUGCAGAAAGCACAUAUUUCUUGUAUAAAGCUACUGGUGAUCCCUAUUAUCUAGAAGUAGGAAAAACUCUAAUUGAAAACUUAAAUAAAUAUGCCCGGGUGCCUUGUGGAUUUGCUGCUAUGAAGGAUGUUCGCACUGGAAGCCAUGAGGACAGGAUGGAUUCUUUCUUCCUAGCUGAAAUGUUCAAAUAUUUAUACCUGCUGUUUGCUGAUAAAGAAGACCUGACUUUUGAUAUUGAAGACUACGUUUUUACUACAGAGGCUCAUUUGCUACCUCUUUGGCUAUCUACUACAAAUCAAACAGCCCUGGUAAAAAAUAUUACUACAGAAUACAUGGAGUUGGAUGAUAGUAAUUUUGAUUGGACUUGUCCUAACACCCAAAUCCUGUUUCCCAAUGAUCCAAUGUAUGCUCAGAGUAUAAGGGAACCCCUGAAAAAUGUGGUGGACAAGAGCUGCCCUAGGAGUAUUUCAAGACUGGAAGACGGUUUAGGCAGCGGACCAAAGCCUCCACUGAGAGCCAGGGAUUUCAUGGCCAGUAAUCCUGAACAUUUAGAGAUACUGAAAAAGAUGGGAGUCAGCUUGAUUCAUCUCAAAGAUGGACGAGUACAAUUGGUGCAGCAUGCUAUCCAAGCAGCAAGUUCACUGGAUGCUGAAGAUGGUUUACGGUUCAUGCAAGAAAUGAUUGAGUUAUCCAGUCAGCAACAAAAAGAGCAACAGCUACCUCCACGUGCAGUUCAAAUUAUUUCCCAUCCAUUUUUUGGGCGGGUAGUUUUGACAGCAGGACCUGCACAGUUUGGAAUGGAUCUGUCUAAGGACCAAUCUGGGACAAGAGGAUUUGUUGCAGUCAGUAAACCAUAUAAUGGAUGCGCUGAGAUUACCAAUCCGGAAGCACUGAAGGAAAAAAUUGCUCUGAUGCAAAGAGGGCAGUGCAUGUUUGCUGAAAAGGCACGGAACGUUCAAAAAGCUGGAGCCAUAGGUGGCAUUGUUAUUGAUGAUAAUGAAGGAAGUAGCAGUGAUACAGCUCCCCUUUUUCAAAUGGCGGGUGAUGGCAAGGAUACAGACGAUAUCACUAUCCCCAUGCUGUUUCUUUUCAACAAGGAAGGAAAUAUUAUUCUUGAUGCCAUUCAGUCAUAUGAAGGUGUAGAAGUACUGCUUUCAGAUAAAGCAAAAGACAGAGAUUUGGAAAUGGAAACCGUGGAUCAGAUGUCAUCUGAUAAUGAUUCUCAUAACCGGAAAAUGGAAGAGAUUUCAACAGAUUUGAACUUGGUCUCUCAAGAAUCUGAAGGAGAAGUUGAUUUGAGCUCAUUUGCAGAGUCAGACAGUAAUAGUUUUCCUCAAACAAACCAAGAUUCUUGUACCCCUGAAUUCCAGGAAACUAGUAGUAGCAGUCAAGCAUCAGAACAGGAUAAUCAUCCUGAGGAACAAUCAAAGAUUGAGACAGAUUCCAGUCCCAACAAUAACUGGAGUAAUAAAGAUCAAUCUAUGGAAUCAAUAUUAGCUGAUUGGAAUGAAGACAUAGAAGCAUUUGAAAUGAUGGAAAAAGAUGAACUAUAACUUCAAAUACUUUGCUUGUGAACUUUAUCGAGGAGAUAAUGGCUCUGAUAUCUGAAAUUCAAAAAGAAUUGUUCAGUAUUGUGACAAGCAGCCAGGUUUUUAUUGCAAAAGCCAGCAUGUGUUAUAAUUUGAACUGGUUUUUUUUUUGUUUAUUUGUUUGUUUAUCUUGUUUUAAAAAUGGGAAUGUGCAAUCGACCCAUUUGCAGAGUUCCUUUGCAUGGUGCUGUAAUACAGAAGGGUUCAUUCAGGGGAAAUGGUAUGAAUCCUUCCUGUGUUCCAGAUUGUUGUGGGUUAGCUUAGCAUAGUCUUCGGGAGGCGAAGAAAUGACUGCAGUGGGAUUAAUGCACCAGUGAGCCUGAGUGGGCAGUUGUAGCGUUACAUCUUGGACCAUAAAGGCCACGAAUGGCAGGUGUGGCAAUGCUGUUUUGAGAGUCAAUAUUGUAUCUCAAAGUCUUUUUGGAGACCUGGUGGAAAAUAGUUUGUUGUGCCUUUAUGGUGAAGGCGAAGCAAUGGGCAGCUGUGAUUGUUUUGUGCCACUUAAUGUAGUAAGUGUGCUGUACCUCCUUAUCACUUCUUCCAUUUUAUCACUUUGAAGAAUGACCAACUCACUUGGAUAUUAUUCUUUGCUCUUAAUUCAAGACAAGAUAGUUUAUAAACCAAAGCAAUGUGUUCUAUUAACAAAAAAAAGAAGAAAAAGUGGAUAAUUCUUAAACUUGUUUAUGGAUAAUGGGACAAAAACCUCUCUACACUCCCAUCACUUUGGUUUUGAAUGUUGUGCAUUAAAAGGCAAGUCCAAGAUGAGCCAAACUUAGUAUCCUUCCCAAUCUCUGGAAAAGGUACGAAAUUAUCUUGCAUUAGGAUUUAAUGUAUUUUGUUCUGCAUUUUUUAUAAUUAAGUGGGCCUUACAUCAAAAUCAUCCUGUUCUGUGUGUAUCUUAAAAUUUGUAUGUUUUCUUUCUGUAAAAAGCGGUCAGUAUCUUAACAAAAAAUAAUGCAUCCUUAGCAUAAUAUGAAGUCAAGCAAAAACUAGUAUCAUGUAUGGUUGAGAGGUAUGCAAAACAUGUUGAAUUUGAAACCUUUCAACUUCCAACUUGGGUGAAUCUGUGCUUAUUGUAAGAAUGCCUUCCUGACCUAGGUUCAUAGCAGGUAUUUUGUGCUUUGCAUUCAGAGACCUUCUGGAAAAGUCCUGUUCAAACUUGGAACAGAGCAGUUUGAAUUCAGAACGUUUUGCACGUCACUAGUAUAGAUUCUUUUUCCAAUUGUAGCAGAAAUAUUUCACAGCAAUCAUGUUUCACGAAUGUCUUAAGUUUAAAUUUAGUUUCCUUUUUUUAAAAACAAAACCCAGUGUAGCAAACAAAGCAAAUAAGACUGCCUAACAUUAUAAUUUCAUUUUUUUUCCAUUUUUUUACUUUUAGGAAGAAAAAAGUCAAAUAAUUUGACACAGCCAUAUGCACUGCAUCCUGUACUUGGCUUUUUCAUGUAUAGUUGAUUUCUUGCAAAAAUUGACAAAGAUCACAUGAACAAAUGCAAUAGGUAGUAAGGGAAGGGUUGUCAUAUGCAAGUCCGCUACACUGCAUCUCUCUGCAUUUUCCUUAUUACUAAAACCUGACUAUCCAAUAUUGCACCCGAUAGCAGAUUUCUGGAGGGAACCGGUGGCUUCCCUCUCACACAGCAUUUUGUUUCCCCAUAGAACUGAGUGAUAAGAAUGGGUUUCUGUAUCAGGAAAAGGUCAACCGCCAUGGCGUGAGAGUUCAACCAGCUCUGCUUUAUAUUCCAACUGAGCCGGGAACUGAAGAUGGAAUGAAUUAUCCUUUUGCUCUCAUAGGUUGGAGUUACUUCUUGGUCACAAAAGAUUGAUACACAGUAAAUGAUUAAAACCACUUGUGUUGCAGUUACGUAUGUACAGUCGGUAGGUAGGGCAAACUGCUGAAAGGUCCUUCUACAAAAAAAAUUAACAAUGUGUAAAGCAGCCUUUUGAAUGUACAGAUUAAUUUGAUACCUAGGUAAGACUUUUGCAGGAAUUGGAUGCAAAUGGUCGUGAGUUUUAGUGAAUUAACAAAACAAGUGUCCUUUAACUUUUAAAAAGAUGUUUUAUUUGCAUACAAGGAACCCCGAAUUGUGUUUAGAUGUGAAGCUUGAUUUUUGCGCAAUAGGAUAUUCCUUCAGCACUGGAUUCUUUAAAGUGUCAUUUGAUAGUUUAGGGCCCUGUGGUAGGGGAGAACGAGUUUUGAGCUUACAAAAUACAUUAAAAACACCUGGACUACAUUGCAUAUUCAGAAGAAGAACACCUUUAGUAAAGGCUUUUAAAAUAUUUCUUCUGAUUUAGAAUAAUUUGCCAAGCUGCUGUUUUCUUUAGUCCUGUAGCAGGACUUGCUCGUUUUAUUUCUGAUAAGAUCAUUUACUAGUAGCGUAAAUUCACAAAGCAUUUUGGACAGAUUCAUAUCUGUGUACACAACCACUAAAUUUUCACCACCUCUUACAUUAACUAUUAAUACAGCUCUUUAUUAAGAAUUUGCACACCUGCUGUUCCCUAUACCCAGUUCAUAUCAUGAAUGUCAGGUUAUGCCUGCCAUUAAAUGUCUGCAAAUGCUUUGAGUUUUCCUCCUUGAUUCAGGGAUUAUUGAAAUACUUGCUUGCCAUUAGAAAGGAGCAUCUGAAAGGUGGUAGUCUACCUCAGAUAUAGCUUGUCCUUUUUAUAUAUCUAGUUCUUCAUUACAGCCAUAAGCCUGCUCAACAGUAAAAAGGUUUACAUAUUAACUACAUUAAUGGCUUUUUGGAGAGAAGUUACCUAAUUAAGAUCUUCACAUCAGCCUUUUUAGACUACCAUCCUGACAUGUUUUAUGAGAGGCACGAAAGCCACUUGCAUGCAUCUAACCUAAAGGGGAAGUCGUGCAGAAGUUGGCACACUAUUAUUUCAUCUCUAAUUGGGCUCUUCCUUAACCUGCUUGUUUUGUCUCCAUCUUUCUUUCCAUGUGGUUACUUAGCGCAGGUACAAAGAGGUCCGAGGGAUGAUAUAAACCAACAGUCAGUACAAUAAAGAGAGAACAUUCUAUGAAUGCAUACCAUACAUCCACAUUUUUGUAAGACUUUUUACCAGCCCAAUUUACAGCCAUAUAUUUUCUUAUGAUGUAAUUUAUGAAAAAGUCUAAAGGGGUGCUUGUUAACACUACUGUUGGAUUUUUCGGUCUGGCGAUUUUAAGCGUAUACAAUAUCCCUAAGGGCAAACGUGUACUGUGAUGUAAAAGUCUGAGCUCAAAGUGUACAUAAUCUCUGUAUAUAAAAUUGUCUACUUGAUUAUAAUUGCUGAUUGUAAAGAUUUAAUAAAACAUGUAAAUAUUCUGGUC